UUUCUCUUCUCCGCCCAAACCCCACCUCCUUCCUUCAUUGUAUAUCUUCAAUUCUCCUUUCUUCCUCUUUCAUCUUCUUCGUCUUUCUCUCUCUACAUUCAUUCAUGGCUCCUGUUAACAACAACAACAACAAUGGGCAAAUCAAUAACAAUGAAAACCCAUCAAAAUAUAAGGUUACAAUCGUAGGAAGUGGCAAUUGGGGUAGUGUUGCUUCAAAGCUCAUUGCUUCCAAUACCCUCAAGCUCCAUUCUUUCCAUGAUGAAGUGAAGAUGUGGGUGUUUGAAGAGAAAUUGCCAAGUGGUGAAAAGCUCACAGAUGUCAUCAAUCGUACCAAUGAAAAUGUGAAAUAUUUACCGGGGAUUAAGCUUGGGUCUAACGUUGUUGCUGACCCUGAUCUCGAAAAUGCAGUGAGGGAUGCAAACAUGUUGGUUUUUGUGACCCCACAUCAAUUCAUGGAGGGCAUAUGCAAGAGAUUAGUUGGUAAGAUUAGAGGUGAUGCUCAAGCCAUUUCUUUAAUCAAAGGAAUGGAGGUCAAAAAGGAAGGUCCUUGUAUGAUCUCCACCCUCAUUUCACAACAAUUAGGUGUCAAUUGUUGUGUUCUUAUGGGUGCUAACAUCGCUAACGAGAUUGCAGUGGAGAAAUUUAGCGAGGCAACAGUAGGGUAUAGAGAAAACAGGGAGAUUGCAGACAAAUGGGUGCAACUAUUCAGCACUCCUUACUUCAUGGUCUCACCUUGUCAAGAUGUAGAGGGAGUUGAACUAUGUGGGACUUUGAAAAAUGUUGUGGCCAUAGCAGCAGGGUUCGUGGAUGGAUUGGAUAUGGGAAAUAAUACAAAGGCUGCAAUAAUGAGAAUCGGGUUGAAAGAGAUGAAAGCCUUUUCAAAGCUUUUGUUUUCUUCGGUUAAAGAUAAUACCUUCUUCGAGAGCUGCGGUGUUGCAGAUCUCAUAACGACUUGCUUGGGAGGAAGAAAUAGGAAGUGUGCGGAGGCUUUUGCUAAGAAUGGUGGCAAAAGGUCUUUCGAUGAGCUUGAAGCUGAGAUGCUGCAGGGACAGAAGUUACAGGGAGUUUCAACCGCAAAAGAGGUAUAUGAGGUUUUGAAACACAAGGGAUGGUUAGAGAUGUUCCCGCUGUUCACAACGGUGCACGAGAUCUGUACUGGCCGUCUUCCACCAUCUGCCAUCGUCGAGUAUAGUGAACACGCCCCAAAAUUUCCCCUUGUGGGUGGCCCGACUGCAUUUCAAUGACUCACAUUUCAAUCGGAAAAGCAACGAUAGUUCAUAAGUGUAUUCUUGAAGUUUUUUCAAGUAUCCACUCUUUUCAUUUCUUAAAGCACUUGGUGAAUCAAAAAGUUUCUACACAGGCAAAUAUUGCCAAAUGCACCCAUAUCAGAAAAGCUUCAAUGUUCUUCUUCUUGUUUCAAGAU